UCCAACCUUUGAGGAGGAUAAGGAAAAGAAUAUCGGUGCUGGAAAUAGAAAUGGAAAUGUCGAAAUUUCGCUUAAAACCCUAAUAUUGAUCGAAUGAAUUAUGAUAUAUGAUUCCCAAAAUAAAAUAUUAUUCGAUUCAUUGAAAUCUUCUCGAUCCUGAUUACCUCUAUAUGAUAGAGUUCAUUUCUUACCAAUUCUUCCAUUAGGUUUUCCUUCGUUUACCUUUCUGUAUUACUGGUCUUUCUGCUAGUAGAAUCAAGAAUGGCGGAUGAAGCGGUUUUCAAUGGAGAAGGCAGGACUGUGGAGAUAGCCGAAAUUGAAGAUCGUGAGGAGGAUUUCGUCGACUUUAACGAUGGUAACGAGAAGGAAUCAUCCCCGUUUCUGCAGAAGAUCGAGGCACUUGAACAGGAGAAGCGAGAACUGGCUCGUGAGAACGAGUUGAUGGGGGAGAAAUUCGAGAAACUGAAGGCUGAGGCAGAGGCACUGGAGACCGAGAAGUUGGAGUUGAAGAGAUAUGUUGAUACGUCUGAAGUGGAUACUAAGGCUCUGCGAUUCAUCACGGCUAGGGCGGCUGAACUGGAGACGGAAGCAUCGAGAUUGAAGGGUGAUCUAAUCUCGUCGAUGACUGAGGGACAGGAUGCGAAUAAGGAGUUGAUUGAAUUGAAGAAAGCUUUUGACGAGGCUAAGAAGGUUGAAUUCGAGAAGAAUUCUAAGUUACAGAUUCUUGAGAAUGAAAGGAAUUCACUGGUGCAACGGUUUCAGAUUGAUGAAGAGGGUGUGAAGGAGGGGAAGACGCAGAGGGAAGCUAGAGUAAGGGAGAUGGAGAAGAAGAUUGAAGCAUUGGAGCAUGGAGAAGGUAGUGUUGAGGGCGAGAGAUUUGCCAUGGAGCAGGAAACAAGAGUCAAAAUGGAUGAGAAAGAUUCUGAAAUCCAUAGAUUGAAAACUCAGCUAGAGGAAUUGGAAUCGAUCGUCGUGAAGAAUGACUUGGAAGUGGAGAAGUUGAAGAAGGAGACUGAAGAGCUAGAGAUUGCGAAGAAUAAACAAGAAGCACAUCUGAAGGAAUCCGAGAGUAAAGUGAAAGAGAUGGAGCAGAAGGUGUAUAAACUGAACAAGGAAUUGGAAACAUCUGAAUUAUUGAUAGUUGAGUUGAAGGAGAAGGAACUUGAUGUUAAUGAUAGGGUGAUCGCGCGUAAUGGAUUGACGGGUUUAAAGCCACAAUGGCCUUUGAUUGCAGCUUCAACUGGAGCGACAGUGGCUGCUUUGGCAGCUGUUUGUUACCUUCGUUACAACGCCAACCACCAAAAAUAAAAUGGCAUAAAAAAGAAACUUUCAGGUUUGGGUUUGAUUUUGACUUUGAUUUUGAUUUCUAAUUUAUGGGUUUGCUUUUAUUAAUCCUCGAGGAAUACUUGUUUCAUGGCAAUCGUUGUUUGUAGUUUUUCUAAACUUUUGAUUGUGCACAACAGUUUCGGUUGAUCAGAUGAACAUUAUGAGUAUACUAGCAUUUGUUCAA